AAUUGUAUGCGUCCCUUGCAACGAGCAAGUAUUUAGAUCUACACACAACUACAGGUUAAUUCCGUGCUCUCACUUCUUCAUUACUUUUAAAGCGCUACUUUGGCACUGACGCUUUGAAAUGCCACGACGGGCUUUGAGAUGUGUUGUUGAUUUACAAAUCCAUGCAUUAUCUGCUCCAGGUGUUUGGUUGCCUAGUAAAGAAGAUGUAUACCUUAGCAUAUCUUUGUUCAACCAGUACAGAAAUACUAGGCUGCUUACUUCUAUUUUCCCUCUUCUGGUGCAUGAAAAAUUUCAGUUUGAGAAGACAUAUUACACUGCUGUAGAUCCUGGACAUGUGGCUGAAAUGUUGGAAGAUGAAUUGGUCAUUUUUGAGCUUGUCCAACUAUCUGAGUAUACAGAUGGUGCUAUUCGUCUGGCAUCCUACUCAACAAAUGCCCGUGACUUUCUUUACCCAUAUCCUACCCUUGCACCAUCAUAUUCAGCUCAUGAGAGGGAAAUUCUGAUGUGCAGAACUAUUGCUUUCCCUGGAAUAUCUCCGAAAUUAGAGUUUUCAACAAAGACAGUUAUAAAAGAAUCAAUUUCUCCUGAACUUGAUGCUUUGGAUGAUGCACUAGAAAUGGAAAGGCAAUCACGACAAAAGACAAGAAGACAGCCCUCUUCAAGAGCGAGGUCUCAGUCUCCUGUAAGGCGCAAGACAGCAGAUGUAAAUCUUGAGGACACAAUUGACACUAGGCCUCCAUUUGUAGUUAGAAAGUUGACAGAGGAUUUAAUAGGGCGCACCCCUGGAGGGGUAACAGACAAGACAGCCCAGAGUAAACCAAAGCGUAGUGCUUCACCAUACAGACCUAAUAGUAGUAGGCCUAGACUUGAUGAUGAUUUAAAUACAGCCACCAAAGCCAAUUAUCGCUUAUCUAAAGUGAUUCGAGAACCAUUUGAAGAGCCAUUGCCAGUUUUUAAACCUUACUAUUCAUCAAAGCUUGAUGAUGACACUGACCAAGAAGUUGAAGAACUAACGUCACUAAAACCAUCAUAUGUUUCUCCUCGUGCACGCUCUGUGAGCCCCAUCUUGUACAGAAGCACCUUUAAAGAAAGAUAUGGUGACUCUGCUUAUUCUAGACCAUUCACACCAAGUUAUUAUGAGAGACUAGCAGAAUGGGAGCUGGAACGAGCCAGAGCUCGACGUCUUUCCAGACUUUAUAGAAGUUAUAAUAGCUCACUUGAUGACUUAGAGCUAGAACUUAGGUUAGCAAGAAUCCGUGCUGGUGUAUAUUUUUAAUGAAAGUAAAGAAAUGUUCCAGUAUUUUUUUUAAAGUUUGCACAUGAGAACAAGAUAACAAGACCAAAUAUGAGCUUGGCCUGCCUUUAUGAUUCUAACAGCUUGCUAUGAUAAAAAAAAAUUUUUGUUCUAGAUAGGCAGCAAUUUGGAUUUAUUUUUCAAUGAUACUUUUUGUUAUAAUCAAAUGAAUUUCACAUCUGGUAUUUUUUAAUGAUCUAUGUCAUGACAGCGAUGUUUUAAUUUCUGUUAGUUGAUAAUUUUAUUAUUAUAUUAUAAUAUUUUUAUUAUAAGAUUUUAUCACAUUAUUAUGGUAUUAAUUAUAGGAUUCUUCACACUUAUUUGGGGGUUGUUAUUAUCAAAAGGUUAAGUAGAAAAAAAAAUUCUGAAUGCUGUACAUUUUUUUUACUUUAAUAGGUUACAUUAAAAAAAAAUCACAUUUUUCAUUGAUAAUUUAAACAUUAGCUAGGUGCUUCAUCAUGAAAAAAAAAGUUUAUUAACAAACCCUUUAGUUUAGAGAUAUUUUUAUAUGAAAAAAAGUGGAAUACACAUAGACAUGUAAUGGUAUGCAUGAUUUUGUAUAUUCAUCAUUUAACUACUGUGAUCAAAGAAAUUUUUAUUAAUGUAAAUAAAACAGUAUUAAAUUUUCAGUUUAUAUUUCAAAAAUUAUUUUACAUAUUUUUUUUUACUCAUCUAAAUAUUUUUGCCUAUACAAAUCUAUCUGGAUAUUUUUUUUUCUCAACUGUCUCUGCUAGAAAUACAAUCUGAAGCAUUUCAUUUUUUUUUUAGUAAUGCCAAUUUAAUAAAUAUUUUGCUUUUUAUUUAUUACAGAUGACAAUCAAAUGUAAAAUUUACAUAAAAUAUUUUUAUUAUUUAUUUAUUUAAAAAAAAAGGCUUAAAACUGGAUUGUUAGAUCUGUGAAUGAAGGAUAACAAUGUACGAUUUUUAUUUUUAUGUAUUUAAUCUUUUUUUUUUCUUAAAACUGAGGAAGACUUUUAUUUAAAAGAAUAAUAUACACACAAUAUAUUUGACUUUUUGUUUGUUUGCUCUUCAUUUAACUUUUUUUGCUUUUCUAACUUACAAUAUUUAUAUUUUGUACAUGUUAUUUACAAGAAAAUAUACUUUGAAUAUCUGAAGUAAACCAACAUAAUAUAUUUUUUUAAUUAGUAGAACUUAUUUGUGAUAAUAGAAUAGCAUCAUUUGUACCAAAAAAGUAGGAAUCUUUGUAGCUGCUGAAGUAGUUGAAAAUGGAAAUAAAAAUUUGAAAAUGUU